AUGGCAAGUUAUUGGUGGCAAACUAACAAGGAUAGUGGAAAGGGGAUUCAUUGGUUGUCAUGGGAUAAACUUUGCAAACAUAAGAAAGGGGGUGGAAUGGGAUUUCGGAAUCUGCAUGAAGUUAAUCCUUUUGUCAUUUCGGAUCAUCCUGCUCUUUCACUUGCUACGGUAAGCAACCUCCUAACACCUGAUGGCCCGAGGUGGGAUGCAGAGGUUCUUGAUGAUCUCUUUGUUGAUAGGGAUAAACAUUUGAUCAUGUCCAUUCCUUUGCAUGACAACAACUUGGAAGAUCAUUUUGUUUGGUCUAAAGAGACUUCGGGUUUUUAUACGAUUAAAAGUGCUUAUAAUUUACUCCAAAAGCUUAAAGGUGGAUGGUAUGAGACUAAUGAUAAUAACUUUUGGAGUAAACUUUGGAGCUUAAAGUUACCACCCAAGAUCAAAAAUCUGAUGUGGCGUGCGGCGGUGGGUGUCCUUCCGACGAUGAUACAACUUCGAACUAAACAUGUGGAGAAUAGGGUGGGAAUCAGCACCAUUAGUGACUCAAGUAUCCCUUUUCUUGAUUGGUGCACCUCGGUUAAAUGCAAGCUGAAUGCUGAAAAAAAGUCUCUUGUGGCUGCUGUGUGUUGGGCCAUUUGGAGUGCACGCAAUGAGUUGGUUUGGAAGGGAAAGACGACUCAGCAUUGGUCCCCUCCUCUUGCUAAUAGCAUUAAGGUUAAUGUAGACGCAGCUUUAUUUGAUGAUGGGCGGUCUUUUGGUUCGGGUUUGGUAGCACGUGAUGAUAGAGGUUGGUUGGUUGAGGGCCGAACCAUCUUGGUGUUGAACAAGGUGGAACCAAUCUUUGCCGAAGCUAUCUCUGUCAAGGAAGCUCUUACUUGGAUCAAAUUGAAGCAGUGGCAUCAUGUGACUAUGGAGAGUGAUUGUCUCGGGGUUGUGCAAGCAUUACGCAGUUCUAUUUGUAUGAUUUCUUUGUUUGGUCAAGUCAUUCAAAGUUGUAAAAAUUUGCUUGCUGAUUUGAGUACCGUUGAGGUUAUUUUUGUUAAACGAUUUGCUAAUUUAGUGGCUCAUAGAUUUGUUAGAGUUUCUAAGUUGUAUCCUGAUCGUACCUUCAGUAUGGAGUCUGUUCCUACUGAUUUGUUACCUUAUUUGGUGACGGAGUUUGUUGGUUUAUGA